AUGGGAGGAUAUCAAGGUCAACCAAGACCCAAGGGGUUUCAAAACACUUACAACCCAAAGUGGAGGAAUAACCCAAACAACCCAUACCCACUAAAGAAAAACCCACCACAUGUUAUGAUGAGACCCCAAUUUUCUCAAUACCCAUCACAAAAACAUCCAUAUCCCCAAACAUCUAAUCCCACUCCAAAUUACCAACAACCUCCACAACAAGGCCAAUCAAGUGGUAACCAUCAAAUGAGACUUCAAGAACUUGUUACUUCUAUUGCUCAAAGCCAAACCCAAUUUCAACAAGAGACCAAGAACACCUUCUCCAACAUUCAAGCACAAAUUGGAGACUUGGCCACCACUCUCAAUAAUAUGGAACACAGGGGUAAACUUCCAUCCCAAACCAAGAAGAACCCCAAUGUGGGUGCAAUAACCUUGAGAAGUGGGAAAACACUUGGAGAAAGCAACCCUAAAAGAGUUUCAAGAGAAGAAGAAGAUGAAGUUAUUAUUAUUGAGCCUUCAAGGGUUGUAGUUCCUCCAAAGGAACCGGUUGUGAAAAAUAUUGAGCAACCCAAAUCUUCCAACAAGACCAUCAAGCCAUUGGUCAUACCACCACCCUUCCCUACCCGGUUAGCCGCUUCAAAGAAAAAAGAGGAAGAAAAUGAAUUCUUUGAAACUUUCCGCACGGUCCAAAUCAACAUUCCACUAUUGAAUGCUAUUAAGCAAAUUCCAAGUUAUGCAAAAUUUCUCAAGGAUUUGUGCACCAAGAAGAAGAAAUUCAAGGCAAAUGAAAAGAUUCAAGUCAAUGCAAACGUGUCUGCGAUUAUCCAAAAGAAGUUACCUCCCAAAUACAAGGAUCCAGGAAUAUAUGUUAUCCCUUGUACCAUUAGUGAUUUGCAUGUCGAAAGUGUCGUGUUAGAUCUUGGAGCCUCGAUCAAUGUGAUGCCAUAUUCGGUUUUUCAAUCUCUCAAUGUUGGACCUUUGGAAGAAACGGGAAUAAUCAUUCAAUUAGCGGACAUGUAA